UUUCUCACAAACAGAAAUCACAAUGGACGCAGUCAUCACCCUCCUUGUUCUUUCAACACUACCACAGCUUGUAGUAUCUCAGGCUUCCUCUGUGGCCUCAUUUAGAGCUGUUGCGGAGAUGGUGUCAGGAGAUUCAAGGAUCUUCUCUGGGGAGAGUGUCCGAUUGAGAUGCAGCAUUCCUGCUGGCCACAGGUCCACCUGGACUUUCCGGUGGUUCAGGGGAUCUGAGCAACUCUCACAGGAUAUGGACAGCCUCACUCUGUGGAAAGCCAGUGUUAAAGAAAGUGGAAAAUUUUACUGCCAAGGAGUGAGGGACACAGCGGUGGGAAACAUAUACACCCUCCAAAGUCUGCCUGUGGAGAUAAACGUGGAUGGAGGGUGGGCUAUCCUGCAGGUCCCGCCACAUCCUGGCCUUGUUGGAGACACCUUGACAGUGACGUGUCGCGUCCGAGCCAACCCCCAGCUUAGAGAGGUGAUCCUGUACAAAGAUGGUGUUGAAGUUAUGAGACAAAGUGGCCUGAACCCACAUUUCAACUUGACCAACUUGACCCUCAAAGACCAAGGACUGUAUUCCUGUAGGGCAUCCUGGGAUAUAGACAGACGUACACGCUCUGUAAUUUCAGCUGACAUUGAAGUGCAGGUCUCAGAGGUUCUGACGCAGCCAGCUUUGGAGAUUGUUGCUGGUGAUAACCUGAUACCAGCAAAUAUGAUGAGGCUCAUUUGCAAUCUCCAGUACAACGCCCGUGCUCCUGCCCCUCCAAUACACUACUAUUUCUACAAGAAUAACCAAAGACUGGGAAUAGCAACCUCUGAGAACCAUGAUCUGGUGAAACAGACCCCAGGCCAAUACAGCUGCAAGGCCAAGGUGCCUGAGUUGGGCAUCUCUAGGUUGAGUGAGCCCAAAAGCUUUGGACAAGAGACAGGACCAGUGACGAUGUCUCCAACUCUUCAUCCCAGAGAUCCAUGGCCUUUAGCUCCCCCAAUCCCAACCCCAGACCUUUCCCUGCUUCCUGCAGUUGAGCCCACAGCAGCCUGGCCCACCCCUCAACAAUCCAGUGCAACUCCUACUUUUAUUCGGCCUACAGAGGAGCGCACCCAAUCCUCAGAUCCUCCUCUGAAGCCUUCACAGCCGGCACCAAGCACUCUGCUACCUACAGUCCACCUCAUCACACAAACCCCAGAGCUUGUUGAUAUAUCUGAGGAAUCUGGUGACAUGUCUGGGGACUCUCCAGACAUUUACUUUGAUUAUAUGUCUGGGGACUUUCCAGACACUGUCCCAAAGUGACAAGUAAUCUUACUUUACAGACCAUUGCAGAAACUAAUCAUCCAAAAUCAUCCAAUCUGGGCAAUAAUGUGUGAAAAUAAUGUGUCAUCUUUCUCUAUCUGAUAUCAAUCAUACGGGGUCAUUGGGCUGCGAUUGCACACUUGUAUAUGUGAUUCUUUGUAUAACAUUAAUUUAACAGAUUAUAAGGUAUCGACUUCAUGAUCUCAUCUGUAGAAAACUAACUGGAUCAAUACUGUUGAGGAUAAUAACUAAUGUUAUUUUGCUUGAAGGAAAUAAAGCAUUCCAUAAAUGAUA